AUGAGAGCAGGCAGCCUCAACCUUUCAGCAGUUAUAUCAUUUAUGGAUACUAUUGGGAUUGCAGAGGCUUCUUCAUCUGGCGAUGUUGACGUCGUGACACGACUACUACAAACCCCAAUUUCAGAUCUUGAAUCGGCAGAGCGAGAAUUGGUCACCGAUGGCUUCACAUUCGCCAACAAAGAUGCUACGGUACAGGAUGUGCUGGUGCUGUUUCAAACUGAUACGCCUGUAAACGUAGAGAAGGGCUUAGUGUUCUUUAACUUACAAGGAGAUGUCAUUGGCAAAACUUAUCUGGAUACAAGCCAAUUUCCAUCGAACUUCAUCACCCCUUUUGAGGAAGCGCAAGCACAAGCCAUCCAUAUGGAUGGUGAUGAUGCCUAUCCUGAUGUGAACCAAAAACUGCUAUUUGAACACGGUACAGCGUUGUUGAAGGCGAUCCGGCAACAUACGGGGUUAAGUUGA